CAAGGCGCGUGUAGGCGGGAGAAGCUCUAUAAAAAUAUAAACGAUUGCCCCUCACAUUCACUACACAAAAUGGCAUCAUCAUCAGCCCACCAUCCAUUCGCCGCCACCGCCGCGCCGCCGCCCACCCCCUCUUUCGACUCCAAUCUCUCCUCCGCUUCCACCUCUUCCGAUUUCCUCUCAAAUCUCCUCCACCGCCUCCCCCCUACCCUUUCCCUCAGCCAUCGCUCCUCCCCACUCUCCUCUUCCUCCACCGCCACCGCCACCCCUCCCGUCGUUUCUCUCUCCGAUCCGACCCCCUCUCUCCUCUCCGCCUCCACCGAACACGGCUUCUUCCACCUCACCCACCACCCCAUUCCCUCCGACCUCCCCCUCUCAGCCGAAUCCACCGCCCUCUCUCUCUUCGCCCUCCCUCACCACCAAAAGCAGCUCCUCUUCCCCACCAACUGGCCGCUCGGCCAUGAAAUAGACGACGACGGCGACGGCGAGUCGUUCUGCCUCGACUCGUCGUUCCCCGCCGAGUCAACCGGCGAGUUGAAUUUCGAUUGUUUGCGCGAGUUCACCACUGAAAUGGAGAAGCUUGGAUUGAAGGUUCUGGAAGAGUUGGCAUCUGCUGUCGGGUUCGAUAACCCGGCCCGGAAUGAACUCUGCUCCCUUCUCUGGAUAUCCGAUGGGGCGGGUAAACCGGGUCGGGUGUACCCGUAUGCUGUGGGUUUGCAUUACCAAAUUAGGUGCCGGAAGCAGACCCUGUUGAUGGAUUCGGGUCGGGUCACUGUAUCGGGGCUGGCGGAUUCUGUAUUAGUCACUCUUGGAGACAUUGCUCAGGUUUGGAGCAAUGGAAGGGUAAAGAAAGUGAGAGGAAGGCCUUUCCCAAGUUCUUGUAAUGAGAAACCAAAUUGUCAAUGCAUAACGAUGUCUUUGCUUAUCACCCUUCCUGGGGAGAGCACCGUCUGCCCCCUCCUUCGCAACUUGAUCGACGAUGAGGACAACGACGACAAUGGGGAAGGCGAGAAGAGAUUGUUCAACUCGUUUAGUUUGGAAGAUUAUGCAUGGAGAGUUUAUCACCAACCUCUCCUCCUCAAAGACCCCCUUCUUAGAUAUUGCGCUUGAUCAUCAUCAUCAUCAUCAUCAUCAUCAUGUGUUUUUGGUCACGUACUUUAUUUUUUUAAUUGAUGGAGAUUCGUAAUCAUUACUAUUGAUGUGUAUUUGAUAAAAUCACAUUCUUGUGCAA